GCGCUUCACAAACCAACAUGGCAGCCUCCUCCUCUACAUCAAGAGUUCGCUACAAAAUGCUGAAAAGAUUGUUAUGGGGUCCCAAUAUGUCCUUUACAGUCCGGAGAUUAAACGUAGAAUCUUCGCGAUAUGAAUGUCAGGUGCAGAGCAGGACUAAAAGAGUUCCCAUGCAGCUGGAAGGCGUGGUCGGCUUGGAGAUUCACGCCCAGAUUCAUUCAAAGACUAAAAUGUUCUCCGGCUCAGCAGUCCACUUCCAAUCGCCUCCAAAUGCUCUCGUGUCCUUCUUCGAUGCCUCCUUACCUGGCACGUUACCUGUCCUGAACAAACGAUGCGUGGAGGCAGCCGUGAUGACGGCUUUGGCUCUCAACUGCCGCAUCAACAGGAAGUCGCUUUUUGACAGGAAGCACUAUUUCUACGCCGAUCUUCCUGCGGGCUACCAGAUCACGCAGCAGCGGCGUCCCGUGGCGGUGGACGGCGUGCUCAACUACAGCCUCCUGGGCGGCAAGAAAGGGAACCAAGUGGUCCGGAAGAACGUCCGCAUUAAGCAGAUCCAGCUGGAGCAAGACAGCGGCAAGAGCUUGCACGAUGACGCCCGUGCACAGACGCUCAUCGACCUCAACCGAGCGGGCGUGGGCCUAAUGGAGCUGGUGAUGGAGCCCGACAUGACGUGCGGCGAGGAAGCGGCGGCGGCCGUCAGGGAGCUUCAGCUCAUCUUGCAGGCCCUCGGCACCUGUCAAGGAAACAUGUCGGAGGGCCAGCUGAGGGUGGACGCCAACGUGUCGGUGCACGGACCCGGCGAGCCGCUCGGAGUCAGGACGGAGGUGAAGAACAUCAACAGCGUCCGCUACCUGGCCAAGGCUAUCGACUACGAGAUCCAGAGACAGAUGGACGUCCUGCGGCGCGGAGCCAGCGUACACAACGAGACCCGCUCCUACGAUUCCAAAUCUGGGACGACAGUGCCCAUGAGGGACAAAGAGGGUCUCCAGGACUACAGGUUCAUGCCCGAGCCCAACCUUCCGCCGUUGGUGGUGUACGAAGACCCCGCCUCGGUUCCGUCGGGCGCCGACGUCCAACAGGCGGUGGUGGUGCAGAGUCUGAAGGCCGAGCUUCCCGAGUUGCCCGCUGUGAGGAGAGAGAGGCUGGUGAAGACGUACGGCAUCCUGCCCGAGCACAGCCUCACCCUCCUGAACGAGGACGGCCUGGUGGACUACUUUGAGCGUGUGCUGAAGGCCACCAGCCGGGAGCCCAGGAAGGUGAUUGGCUGGGUGACCAACGAGCUGCUGGCACUCCUCAAACAGCGAGACUUGAACGUCAGCCAAAGUCCCGUGUCUCCAUCCUCCAUGGCCCAGUUGCUGGAACUCCUGGAAACGAGGCGCAUCUCCUCUUCAGUGGCCAAGCAGGUGUUCCAGGAGAUGUGGAGGCACUCGGGUGCCAAGACGGCGGUUGAGAUCGUCAGUGAGUUGGACUUGAGUCUCGUUAAUGAUGUGGAGCAGCUGCACGAGGUCUGCGCCAAGGUCGUGGACUCGCAUCCGCACGAGGUGCAGGCCUUCCAAGCAGGCAACCAAAAAGUUCUGAACAAGCUGAUGGGGUCUGUUCAAAAGGAGACCAAAGGCCGAGCCGACCCGAUUACGGUGCGUGAGAUUCUGCUGGACAAGAUUUCAAAAAGGGUGUGAGGGGAUUGGGUCAUCCAUAUCGAUUGAAUUCAUGUAUAUAAGGAACAAAUUAUUUAUUUGUCCAUAAUUAAUAAAGUCUUGAUUUAUAUU